AUGCUGGAUCAAAUGGCCAACGAAAUCAAGCUCAUCUCGGGUACCUCCCAUCCAGAGCUCAGUGCUAAGGUGGCCUCCCGUCUUGGCAUUUCCAUUGCCAACACCAUGAGCCUCAAUUACUCCAACAAAGAAACUAGCGUCUCCAUUGGUGAGUCGGUGCGAGAUGAGGACGUCUUUAUCCUGCAGUCAACCGCCCCCGGCGACGUCAAUGACGGGCUUAUGGAACUCCUCAUCAUGAUUCACGCCUGCCGAACCGCCUCGGCUCGCCGCAUCACCGCCGUAAUCCCCAACUUUCCCUACGCGCGCCAGGACAAAAAGGACAAGUCGCGCGCCCCCAUCAGCGCCAAGCUGAUUGCCAACAUGCUGCAAGUAUCUGGCUGCAAUCACGUCAUCACCAUGGACCUUCACGCUUCCCAGAUUCAGGGCUUCUUCAAUGUCCCCGUGGACAACCUGUACGCUGAGCCCUCAGUGCUGCGUUGGAUCCGCGAGAACCUGCGGGUGGACAACUGCGUCAUUGUGUCUCCCGACGCCGGUGGCGCCAAGCGCGCCACCUCGAUUGCUGACCGUCUCAACACGGCCUUUGCCCUCAUUCACAAGGAGCGUCCCCGUCCCAAUGUCGUUGGCCGCAUGGUCCUUGUCGGCGACGUUCAGGACAAGACAGCUAUUCUUGUUGACGAUAUGGCUGAUACCUGCGGAACUCUUGCCAAGGCUGCUGCCACUCUCAAUGAGCAUGGUGCCAAGGAGGUCUUUGCCAUUGUCACUCACGGCAUCCUGAGUGGCAAGGCUAUUGACAUUAUCAACCAGUCUUGCCUGUCUGGCGUUGUCGUGACUAACACUGUUCCUCUCGGCGACAAGGCUGAUCGCUGCCCCAAGCUCAAGGUUAUUGACGUCUCUGGCACUCUUGCCGAGGCGAUCCGCCGAACUCACAACGGCGAGUCCGUCUCGUACCUGUUCAACAAUGCGCCCGUCUAA